GUGAAAACACGUGAAGUAUACCGGUGCAGAGCGAUUUCCUCCAUCUGUUGCGGAUACUAGUACCUUUUGCAAACGUCAUGGAAGGAAAGUUACCACAAAAGAAAUACUACAGACAAAGGGCCCAUUCUAACCCAAUGUCAGAUCACAUAGUUGAUUAUCCCCUGAGCCCUGACAAAAUGGAUUGGUCAGAGCACUACCCAGAGUUUUGUAAACCUCCAUCUAACAGAAAAAAUGAAGAAAUUGAUCAUGAAAGAAGAGAUAAAGGUAGACAACCCAGAGUGGAGUUUGCAGACAUUGGAUGCGGAUAUGGAGGCUUACUGGUCCAGUUAUCCCCAGUAUUUCCUGACUCCUUGAUGUUGGGAAUGGAGAUUCGAGUGAAAGUGUCGGACUAUGUAAAGGACAGAAUCAAAGCUCUGAGGGAAAACAGUCCAGGAAAAUACCAGAAUAUUGCUUGUAUUCGAACAAAUGCCAUGAAAUUUUUGCCAAAUUUUUUUUAUAAGGGUCAGCUAAAAAAAAUGUUUUUCCUGUUCCCUGACCCUCACUUCAAGAAAACUAAACACAAGUGGAGGAUUAUAAGUGAGACACUCUUGGCGGAGUAUGCCUAUGUCCUUAGUGUUGGAGGCAUUGUAUAUACUAUAACAGAUGUAAAAGAUCUCCAUGAUUGGAUGGUACAGCACUUUAAUGACUUUCCUUUGUUUGAGCGAAUCCCUGAUGAGGAACUGAAUUCAGACAUUGUUGUUGAGAAGUUAUAUGAAAGCACUGAGGAAGGUCAAAAGGUCACCAGGAACCGUGGAGAUAAAUACCUGGCUGUGUUCAGACGAAUCCUGGAUCCUUACAUAGCCAGCACAUCAACACUAGAACCCAGCUGAUUUUUUAUCAAUAAAUAUAAUGUUGUUGAAUAG